UUCACCUGCAAGACAAGUUUUAUGUAUCUGGACACGUUUUAUUGUUAGAUACAUUCGUAUCUAGACAAAUCUAAGAUAAGAAUUUGGGACCGAGGUAAUACUAAUUUUUAGAGAUGCGGGUAUUCUAAAGUGUUUUAGCUAGCGUACAGUAUGACUUAAGGAAACAUCAACGAAAACUUCAAAAUGCAGGGAGAACGAAAAAACAAGUGAAUUUUGCUCCAUAUUAUUAGGAUAAAGAAAGCAGCAAUUAAUAAUGAGCUUGCAUGUAUUAAUAACAAAAUAGCACAAAGGACGUCAUUCUAGGUCAAUUACUUCAAUCAUCACAACCGUCAAAUCAUCUAGUAUAGAAAUUCACCUGCACUAGGAUAGGCAUGCAACUGAUGUCAACGCCUACACAAUUCCGAAUGAUUAGCUGUGUUGCUACCCAUGUUCAUAGACAACAACCAGCUAAUAUUCUUGUGAUAAUUGACCUCCAAAUAUUCCUCAAAUCCCUUACGUCAAUUUAAAUGUCCAAGAUGAUUGAUCCUUACAUGCAUCUGUAACCUGUACGUGUCUAUAAAUACAUCCAAUGCCUUGCACAUCACAUCAUCUGCCGGCAUACAUUCUUUCAGGCACAUUUUCCACCCAUUUGAUACUAUCCCUUGUUGUUUAGCGUAGAACUUCAGGAAGCUGGGCAAGAUGGUGAAGCUGACAUGCGUGCAGCUGCUCAUGGUGGCCUUCCAGGCUACGCUCAUCACCAUGUCAUCUGCAGAAUUGCCCUACAAUUUCUACAGUUCGUCGUGCUCCAACGCCGAGGAAACAAUCAAGAAUACCGUCUACAACUUGAUCGACGGCAACCCAAGUAUUGCUGCGGCCUUAAUUCGCAUGCACUUCCACGAUUGCUUUGUAAUGGGUUGUGACGCUUCCAUCCUUCUGGACUCCUCGAACGCCAACCCCCAGCCGGAAAAGUCAGCCAUUCCCUUGGCUGGGUAUGAGGCCGUCGACAAGAUCAAGGCGGCCGUCGAGGCCGUGUGUCCUUUGACGGUCUCCUGCGCCGAUGUCCUCGCCUUCGCCGCACGCGACUCUGUCAGUAAAUCCGCCGGUUUCUCCUACCACGUCCGCUCCGGGAGGCGUGACGGCAAUGUGUCGAAAGCCUUCUCCGUCGUCACGAACAUGCCGUCGCCUUUCUUCGGAAUCGAGGACCUUGUCGGCAGCUUCACCCGGAAGGGGCUCAAUGUUGAUGACCUCGUGGCUCUCUCCGGCGCGCACUCCAUCGGUGUGGCACACUGCUCCGGCUUCACCAACCGGCUGUACCCUGAGGUGGACACGACAAUGGACUCCGCAUACGCCACAGACCUAAAGAGGACGUGCCCAGCACCGGUGCGUGGUGCGCCGGACCCGGUGGUGAACAACAGCGCGGUGGCGCCGACGACACUGAGCAACCAGUUCUUCAAGAACGCUGUCGCUAGGCGAGUGUUGUUCACGUCGGACGCGGCGCUGCUCACCCGCAACGACACAGCGGCGAAGGUGCAGGAAAACGCUGCGGACUCCUUGUUGUGGAAGGUGCGGUUUGCGGCGUCGAUGGUGAAGAUGGGAAACAUCGAAGUGCUUACAGGGACGAAUGGGCAGGUCAGGAAGUUCUGCCGUACCAUAAACAGCUAAAUUGUUAAGACACACUUAGAUUUGGUGAUUUUUCUUAUGUGCCUCAUUUUGCACUGCAUUCAAGAUUUCUCCUUGUGACUGCCGGUCAGUUACUGCGGUAUUUUGGUUAGAUGAUUCACAUGUAAAACUACUUUUCUGGUUUUUUUUAACCUCAAAGAACGAAUUUUUACAUAGCUAGAAAAGGUGCGCUUUUUUAAUUGCCGUUGAUUUCCUGUCUAUUUGGAUAAGUUCUUUCGAAGUCCGCGGUUGUGUUUG